AUGGGCCCGCGGCGGGUGGCGGUGGCGGUGACUGUGGUGGGGCUGCUCCGGGACCCGGCUUUCCAUGUGGCCAAGUGUGUAGCAGAGGCUCUGAAGCUGAAGUUUCCAAGCAAGUUUGCAGAUCCUGUAAUACAGCCUUUAGUAGAAUUUGCAUGGCAUGAAUAUUUGCAGGAGAAAAAGAAGGAACUGCGAGGUGAGGUGUGGGCGUAUGCCUCCUCCGUGAUGUGCUUCGUUGGUGGCCAGCUGCUCGGCAACGAGAAGGAGCUGCUCAAGUGGUCUUACCGUGAGUGGGACUAUCGCGACUUUAAGCCCGAGGCCCUUUACCAAGCAAUUGCUGAGGAUUUCUACACCAAAUACCUGAAAAAACGCCAGGCAAGUAGCACUGUUUUACGAGAAGAAUACGAGCACGUGUUUGUGUACCUGGAUAUAGCCAUUGAGGAACAGCCGAUCGGGAGGCUGCUGUUUGAGCUUUUUUCAGAUGUGUGUCCCAGGACCUGUGAGAAUUUCCGCGCCCUGUGCUCUGGAGGAGUGAAGUCUCCCUGCAAUGACAGAGAGCUCACGUACAAAAACUCCCUUUUUCAUCGCCUUGUGAAAAACGGGUGGAUCCAAGGAGGAGGUGCGUUUCCAAGUGUCCUGAACAUCAUAACUGGAAAGGGAGACGGAGGAGAGUCAAUUUAUGGUCCCACCUUUGAAGAUGAAAGCUUCUCCAUCCACCACAAGGGAAGAGGUGUCCUCGGGAUGGCCAACAAAGGCCGCCACAGCAACAGCUCGCAGUUCUACAUCACCUUCCAGCCAGCUCCCUACCUGGACAAAAAAUACGUGGCAUUUGGGCAACUGAUCGAGGGCACGGACGUCCUCCAGAGACUGGAAGCUGUACCUACGUAUAAUGAAAGGCCUGAGAUAGCCUGCAAGAUUAUUAACUGUGGGACCUUCGAGCCGUGAUCACCAGCUGGUUUUCCUGCCUGCUGUAAGGCAGAGCACUAUUUUCCACUCAGCUCUUUACAGACCUUGAUGGCUUUCACUUAAGGCAAAAAUAA